UAUGUGGGGUUGGCUAUUACCCAUUUGUGAAAAGCAUAGGAGAAUCUCUUUCAACAAGGCAAAAGUCCCUUUUCACUUUCCCAAAACUCCACACUUGAAAUAAAAAGAGGAAAAAACAUUAACACUGAAAAAGAAAAGAUGGGAUUGCUCUUUCAGGACAGAAGGAGCUGUUGUUCUUGUUCUUAGAUCUUUUUCCCCAAGCUUCUUUCUUUACCGGAUGGGAUUUUUACGUUGCACCUUACUUACUACUAUUAUAUGUUUAAUAUUUAAAAGGGGUUUGCCUUUUUUCUACAUAGCUUGUUGGUAGGUGGUUAUGGCUUUCUUUGAUGAUCGGCCUAAGAAGAAGAAGCUCCCACCAGUACUUGGUAUCACAAAAAAGUCAUCUGAGAGAUUGUUGGUUCAUGGAACCAGUCUUGCUUCUGUUGAAUCUCUCUCCUUGCCUCUUGUUCAGGAAAUUGUUCUCUCUGCCGAUAUUGGUUGCAGUGAGUGUCAGAAGAGAAUUGCUGAGAUAAUGUCAAGAAUGAGUGAGACAGAGUCUGUAGUGGUGAAUGUAUUGGACAAGAAGGUUACACUCACUUGUAGAUAUCCCAUGAAUGUUGCCAAACUACCAGGUCGCCAAGUCCCUGCCAUACAAAAAAACUCUUUGAACAAAAUGGCAUUGCUCAGAUGGAUUUUCAGGCCUUCCGGCGGUUGAUAUUCGCGGUUUGGAAUUUGUAAAAAAUAAUAUCUUCACUCACCCUGAUAAUUUGUACUUCUGAUUGCCUUAUUGACCAUGUAUAUGAAUCUGAUUCCCAGAUAAUGAAAUUCAGUAUGGAUGUGUACUAAUCAGCUGUUGUGUCUGGUUUUUUCUUUGAAUGAAAAAAAAGUCUUGUGCUAGUA